CCCUACUUGUUUUUACAGAAACAUAAAGAGCAAAAGCUUCAAAAGCCCCCCCUCUCUUCUGCUCCUGCUUUCAUCAGUCUCGAGAGUAAUCUCUCUCUCUCUCUCUCUCUCUCUCUCUCUCUCUCUCUUGUUGUCUCUUACUGUCUGACAUAAAACUCCAGACAGUGUUUACCAUGCCACAAAAAAACACUGAUUUCUUUUAGCAUUAUAUACUCUGCAAAUGUUGCCGUUACAUUUUAUAUAAUGGAGGUGGAUCUGCUCCCACAUACAUGGGCUAUCAAAACCAACUUGGAGACUGCAUGAUUUGUUCUUUUCCCCCUCAUUCAUAUCUCUCUGCCUUGUGCAUUUAAAGAUGCCAACUACUCAUCAAAUACAGGAGCUAGCUCCUUUGAAGUAAAGAAAAUCACCAGUCUUAUUACAAGUUGGUUUUGCCUUAGAUGUAGCAAGAGUUUUUUCAUGGGGAAGACUGGGGGAAGCUCGUGGCUGACUGUCGUUAAAAGGGCUUUCAGGUCUCCUACUAAGGAGAAUGAGAAGAGAAGCAGUAGAAGGAGAGAAGAAAAUGAACAGGAGGAAGAAGAAAAGAGAGGGAAGCGAAGAUGGAUUUUCCGGAAGCCUUCGAAUCAGGAAACGAUUGUAGAACACUGCAAAGGAAGGACCAUAACCGCCACAGCUAAUAUGAAAGCAACCGAUCCUGUUUUUGAGGCUGCUGAUGCUGAGCAAAGACAUGCCAUUGCAGUAGCCAUGGCAACCGCAGCUGCUGCUCAUGCGGCAGUAGCAACCGCCCAAGCAGCUGUAGAGGUUGUUCGGCUCACCAGGCCUCCCAUCUUUGGGAGAGAACACUAUGCUGCUGUUGUCAUUCAGACUGCCUUCAGAGGCUAUCUGGCAAGGAGAGCUCUUCGGGCACUUAAGGGGCUGGUAAAGCUGCAGGCCUUGGUAAGAGGUCAUAACGUUCGAAAGCGAGCAAAUAUGACUCUUAGAUGCAUGCAGGCUGUGGUUCGAGUGCAAGCUCGGGUAUGUGAACAGCGUAAGAAGAGGCUUUCAAACGAAGGAAGCGUAGGUUCCUCCAUUAGUGAACAGAACAGCUUAUGGGGAUCACAUUUUGCUGAAAUCAAGUCCAUGUUUUCUUUGCAGUCUAAAGAUGAAAGUGGCAUUGCUGAUGAAUGGAUCCAUUGGGAUGACCACCCACAAACAAUAGAGGACAUUCAAGCCAUGUUACAGAGAGCAAAGGAAGCUGCCUUGAAAAGGGAAAAUGCCCUGGCUCAUGCCUUCUCUCAUCAGAUGUGGAGAACUGGUAGGGACCCAAUUGCAAGUGAAGAAGAGCUAGAAGAGAUGCCUAAAUGGCUUGAUCAGUCGUCAACAAGGAAGCAGUGGGAGAGCAAAGGCAGAGUUUCUUGUGAUCAAAGAGAACCCAUAAAAACAGUUGAGAUCGACACCUAUAGACCUUACGCCUACUCACAAAGAUCACAUCAUCAACAUCACUGCUACCAACCUUACAGACCCAGUUCAUUUUCUGUGGCCUCUCCUGUCCAUAGAACACAAAACAAUCUCACCCUCCAUUCACCAAUCACACCAUCACCGUACAGGACAAGGCAUCUCCAAGUGCAUUCUGCCAGUCCUCGAUGCUUAAGAGAAGAGAGGGACCAUCCAGUGCAGGAGAGGGCAACGGCAAUGCCAAACUACAUGGCUGCCACUGCAUCUGCCAAGGCUAGGUUUCGGUCACAAAGUGCACCAAGGCAGAGGCCUUCAACCCCAGAAAGAGAAAAAACAGGGUCGGCAAAAAAACGCCUAUCAUUCCCAGCUCCUGACCCAUGUGGUGGCACUUCUGAUUACAAUGCAAAGAGUCCAAGCUAUAAGAACAUUCAUGGAGGCCAUCUUGGAAUGGAGCAUAGGUCGUCAAACAUGUCAUCUUGUUGCACAGACAGCCUUGGCGAUGAAAUAUCUCCCCCUUUAACCAAUGAUCUUAGGAGUUUCUUGACGUGAGCAAAUUCUGUAAAUGAAACAGAUGGUCAACAAUGAUGAUGAUGUGAAGCCGGAGCAUGUAGCAUGUUGAAUGGGAAUGUAUGUGUCCUUGGACACAUAAAAAUCAUAGUAGUCAUUAAUGGAGUUCAUCAGACAUUCUCCUUACUCUUUCUUAAAGGGAAAAUUGAA